AUGUCUGGAAUCAACUUGUCCAUGCUGAAGACUCUGCUAGUGGCAUUAAUCAUUGCUCACAUUCUGUUUGGACGGAUACGAUCAUAUCGAACAGCGAGAAAGGCCGUUGGUUCACUGCCAGUUGUCCUAUACCCAUUUGCACCAUUCAAGCUCCCAGGCAUAUUCUUCCCCUCUUCCUGGUGGAAUCCUGGCUUGCUAAACACCUGGCACCAACGCGGACUUCUCUACCUUCGAAACAAGUCCAAGACAUUUGCCGCUAUAGGCUGGCUGGAUGGAAACUAUGUUAUUUUUUCCUCGUCCUUUGAGGUGAUUUCCCAAGUCAGCGGACCAAAGGCGCGGUGGGACCGGACGAAGAAGACGGGGGAGAUUCAAAAGCAUAGGAGGAUCGUUGGGCCUGCGUUCAACAACCAGUUAAAUCGCCGUGUAUGGGAAGAGUCUCUGGCUGUUUGGGAUGAGAUGAGCAUUGAAGAAGGAUGGGAGGGGACGAAGACUGUGCAUAUUCCUGAUGUCAAGACGAGCACGGGAAAGUUCACUCUCAGCAUCAUCGGCCGUGCCGGGUUCGGGAUCUCCGGAGAGGCUGACACUCGUAAGGUCGUAGGGGAGGAUGGGAUGAGCCUUCGCGAGGCGUUCCGAAUCACCGGGGAGAAUCCCAUGGUACGAACGAUGUUACCCAGCUGGGUCUUCCGUCUUCCAAUUCAGAAGUUCAAGGAGGUCAAGGCUGCGGAGAAGUUGCUGCUGCGGACGAUGCACGCGCAGAUUGAUGACCGUCGUACGCGGGAGGGGAGCGCAGCUGCGUCAGAGAGGGACCAGGAGGGGAAUGGUGACAUCUUCCACCAUCUGCUUGCUGCGAACGCGCGGGAAGUCCCGGAAAAGGCUCUGAGCGAUGCGGAGCUGUUAAGCAACGUGUUCAUCCUCUUGUUCGCCGGGCACGGUACACGCCACACUUUACCAGACGACUUCGGGUUGCUGGCUUGUCAUCCGGAGGAACAGGAGCGUCUCGCUGCGUUCGUGCGGGAGACGUGCCCAGAAGACAAGGUUGCGAACAUGUGGGACCGGAUGGAUGAGCUGCGCCCAGUGUACGACUGCAUCAUAGAGACUCUGAGGCUAUUCCCUGACCUCGCCACAGCGGUCGCCCCAGUAGUCCUACGCCGCUCCACCGAGGAUAGCGUGCUCCAAAUCCCAGGGUUAGCAGAUGCAAUCCCCCUACCUAAGGGUACCCUCUUUGUAGGCGACCUCAUUGGGAUAUCGUACGAUCCGGACGCAUACGUCUCGCCACACACAUUCUUGCCCUCUCGUUGGGCAGGAAAAAAUCUCAUCUCUACGGAUCUGGCUCCCUUUGGUCAUGGCAUACAUAUGUGCUUAGGAAGAUACUUCGCCAUGACAGAGAUGAUGGCAUUCUUGUGCAUGUUGCUGAACAGAUGGGAGAUCGUGCCUGUGAAGCGGGGGGGAGAAAGCUUAAGAGACUGGAAAGAGAGGGUGCUUGACCGGAACCAGAUCCGGCAUUUGAAUUCCUCCAGCUGUCACGCAUACAGCGAUUUUACUGCUUUGGAGGAUGCUUGGCGAUCGGCUUUGUUCUAUCUCUCCUGGGGUCGAUCUUGCUCUUCUUAGGCCAGCUAUGGACAUUUGCCUUGCUGUAUACUAUCGGCAUAGUGAUCACCUUAAUUGGGACUGGGUUCCUCAUCGGAUUCCUCCGUCAAGCGAAGCUGAUGUUCGCGCCUGUCCGCAUUGUCGCCACUAUAGUGUUCCUGGCUUGUAUUGUGCUCACAUUCAUCGCGGCAUUCGUGAUUCACAGCCAGCUCAUGGCCAUCAUCCUCGUCAUCGUCGAGUAUCUCGCGUACACGUGGUACUGCCUGUCAUAUAUCCCCUACGCACGGCAACUGGUCAAGAACGCCAUCGGCCUGUGAGAAAAGGACUUCGGCGGGUUCCGGAAAGUCUCGGCAUUGCAUGGAAUGGUAUUUACGCUUACGAUUGCGAUUGCUCUGCUUGUAACAUAUGGGACGGAUGAU